UUGUGUUUUAAUUUAAAGUGUUUGUGGAUAUUUGUUUUAUUUCCUUUCAUGGAAAUACAUAAUACAGAUUUCAGGCUUUCUCUGGGAACUUGUGAGCCUAAAAUACUCUCCACACUUUGCAGAAGAAGCUUGCCUGACUUAAGACCCUUCAUAUUGCACAACUAUAUUUUAGCUGAUAACCAUAGAAUCAAGAGGAUAGGGUUGGGAAAGGCGAGAUAGCUCAGAGGCUAAAAACAUCUGCUUGUCUUCCAGAUGACCCGAGUUCUGUUCCCAGCACUGACGUCCCUGCUCAUAAAUGCUGUUAGCCUCAGUUCUAGGAGAAUCUGAUGCCUUCUUGACCUGCUUAGGUUCCAGCACUCAGGUGGCAUACACUGAGCACGGACACCUUUAAAAGAGGAGAGGGUGGGGGGUAGGACUAAUUUUAACUUAAAGAGAGCCCUGUUUUUCUAAAGACCCAAACAAAGAAAGAAAAGAUACUUUUCUAGAAAUGGGAGAUUUUUAUCAGUCAUUGGAUGAUGGUCCACAUCACUCUUCUCUUGUCAACAAAUCAGCUUAAAGCUGGCUAUGUGAUGACAAAACGGUUAUAUAGCCUUCAUAAGUCCCGCCCCCACCACCUGUGACACGAGUACUUCGCAUGUAGUCCCCGGAUGUUAGAACAAAUGCGUAGGUUGGCCUCACGCUUCAUUGGCCUGUUCUGCCCUCACGCCCCUGCUACUUCCAUGCGACCACCUCAGGUACUAUCAUAGACGUUUGUCCUUUCACCUGCUGUCUCUUUUGAACCUCCUUCUCCUCUAAGGCUCCCACUGACUGUCUUCAGGGGCCAGCAACUUCCUAAUCCCAAUUUAUCCUGUCGAUGCCGUCGUCCAUAGUCAUCUAACAUCGUUCUGGCCGUUACAUCUGAGUAGCCAUUAUCGUCAUUAACCCAGCUCAAUCUAGGCCUUGGUGAGGUACCUAAUAGUGCCAUGUCUAACCCAGGAAAUCAAGAUCCAACCAAGGAGAGCCGAGAUAACCCAGUAACCCUUCAGGGAGAGUGGGUACGGGAAGCUGCAGAGGCAGGCCUCGCAUCCGACCUAGAUGCGGCCUCUGCCAGUCCUGCAGUUGAAGUAAUGGCUGUUCAUCGUAGGGAGGUGGAAAAUGUUGGGCCUGAAAGAAACCCAGAGGAAGAGGGUUACAGGAGAGAGAGCGUGGACGCUGAGCAAGACUCAGAUAUUGGACCUGUUGAGGAGGAGGAGGAAGGAGAGGCGGAGGCAAACGUUACCGCUGAUCUACGCCUGGUAGACGCCCAUCGAUUCCCAAUGGCUGGCUUCCGAUUUAUGUUUCUGGAUCUGAUACACGCCAUUCUCAAUCGUGUCUAUUACAAUGACCACAUCCUGAUUAGGCGCCCCUGUGAAAACCCAGUCAUGGAAACACCUGGCCCUUCUGCAUCUGGCCACUCAAGUAUGCUCCAAAUACUACCCGGGCCCACUCCAUCAACACUGAGAGCCGCAGAGUAUGAGGCCCAAGCCUCAGGCUUGACCCGAAGCCUGCCAGAGGUUAUCUCCACAUUUCCAGAGCUGGAGGAACCUGCAGAUUACGAGGAAAUAGCAGAGCGUUACCUGCCGGCACCACAUCUUAACAUGCAGGAGCCUGCAGUUAGGGCAGCCGUGGUGGAACCAGCAGAGCAAGCAAUAGAAGAGGUGGCACCAGAGGCAAUAGCAGAAGAGCCAGAAAAGGAAGUCAUAGAGCAAAUCAUGACCUCAGAGGGCGAAUACUAUUAUAAUACCUGGAAUGAAGAGGACAACAUCGUCAAUGAUGAGGAAGAAAAAGAAGGAGAAGGAAAUAAAGACCAAGAAGCACUUGAUGAAGUGGACCCAGAUCCAGUAGACUACAGCCCUGGCAAAUCCAGGUUUCUGGAUUUCUGAGUAUCAAUCACCACCCCUGUAGUUGGGCCUUUUUGUUUUAAAUUCUAAUUAAUUAAUUGAGGAAAACUAUUUUAAAUUCAAACAAAAUUCAAUUUGACUUUCUCAGAAUGUGACUAAAAUAAUCGUGCACUUAGUAAUCUGAAAUGUACUGUAUUCUUUGUGGCAAUUCCUUGGUUAUUGUGAGGUCUUUGGUCCACCAAAGUAAGACUAGUAACAAGUGGUAAAACUAUUAGACUUAAUACCUGUAUCAAAUAUAGCCCAGUAUCUGCUUAGAGAACAGUUGUCAGGAGUUAUCAGUGGUGGUCGCUGGGUUGGGCACUGAGUCCUUAGUGCUCAGCCACAAUUGGUUUUCAUGGUUAACACCUAAAUAUUCAUUUAGCCAUGGAUUUUUAUAUUUUAUGCCAGUCAAAAGAAAUUUAGUCCUAACAUGAUCAUUUAACACCAAAUUUAAGGAAUGUCUUUUCUUUCAGUAUCUUUAAGUGAUUAGCAUUUUCUUCUCUUUUGUUUUUCCUUAUUUCUGCACUUUUUCCUGCAUUUUCACAGCUGAGUGCUUCCAUAAAAUAUGUGGAAGCCAAAUGUCUGGGAGGGUAAGGAACUAGCACUGGCUUUUACAGCUCGAUGACUUUCUUUACAUGCCAGCACAACCUUUCAAGCAGAUGAAACAAACACAUACAAGGCUGAGGUGCAUGGAGUUGGCAUGUGCAGGGCUCUGAGUUCGAUUCAGAGCUGAAUACACACACACAAAAACACACACACACACACACACACACACACACACACACACACCAAAAAAUUGGCGUAAUCACAUGAUUGAUUGCAUAAGUACCCUAAUAAUCCUGGAUAAGAGGAGAGCAUGUUGAUUUUCUGUAAUUGUUGAGAUACAGCACAAAUGCAGCAGGUACACACCCAGGGCUGGUCAUUUUUUUAAAUACAGGCAGAAGAUUAAUCUUGUAUAAUUGCUCAUUUCCUCUCAUUUUUAUCUGUAGUAAAGAAGAAUAGGAAGAAAAUGAUGAAGAAGGAAGGCUUACUGAAGAAUGAAAUUUAGGUUUUCUCACUUCUGAGAAGACCAACAAAGUUUCAUCAACACUGACGUCAUCCAAAAGUUAAUUAUCCAGUAGCAAUAUUCCUCCUUAUGGAUUUAACAUCAUUCACUCAAGUUCCAAAUGAAACAUGUUAUGUGAUAAAAUAAAACAUAGGCAUGAUUUGGAGGCAGCACUGUAAUUCUGUUUUACUUCUUUCAUGUUCAUUUGACAGGGAUAACAAGCAUGCAAUACUUGUUUUAAUUAUUUUAUUGCAGCUGAGUAAUUUAAAUAAAAAGCUUAGAACUAUUUUAUAAACAGGAAGAUGAAGUUUAAGGCUUUAGUUAAAACUCCAUGAAUCUAUUCAGUUACAUGUGCAUUUUUUCUUACCUGUUAUGGAUAUGUUUGCCAAUAUUCGAUAAAGUGAGAAAAAUAAGAUUUUAAAAAAGUGAACAGAAAUAUUGGUAGCUUUAUUUAGAUAAAUACUUCUCACUCAUUUCUACUUUUUACUUCUUUGGUCACCUUACUUUCAAUGAAAGGCAAAUCUAUUUUGGUCAUUUUAUUGUGGUGCAAAUGAAAUGAAAUGUCAAUUCGAAAACGAUUUUUGUAUGUGCGGCAGCAAAGCCUUUAAAGCUAUGUUCCCUCCUACAUGAGUUACUACUCUCAGGGACCUAUUGAAUACUUAGCAUAUGGCUAAAACAAUUUAACAUAUGCUGUGCGAAAACCCAUGUACAAUGUCUCUUUGGGUACAUGCCUAGAUGACAACCUAUUGGUGUGAAAAUUGCUCUCACACGCUGAUUUUACAAAGAUUUUCUUUUACCUUUUUAUUGCAUUUGUCCUUUUUCAAUGGGACAAUUUUAUUAUUUGAGAAUUUCAAGAGACUUUUUAAAAGAUUUAUUUUACU